ACUGUCUGCGCUUUACUUUCAUUUUCGCUUUUAAUGCUGAGUAACUGUGAGGACUUCACCGUGUUGAGUUUCAUAUAAAGAGCUGAUUUCUGUCUCUCCGCGCGAAGCCGAAGUUUCAACAGUGUUAUAAACUUUAUUUAAACUUCAGUUUGUCUACUCAGUCGACAUGGCUUCUCUGGAUAUCCGCCUCGAGUCGAAGAAACAGGUGGAUGACUUCAGCCAGAAACUCACUAAAGAGGCUGAAGAGCUGGUGUCAAAGUUUUUCCCUCAGAAGAUUGAAGAGCUGCAGAUGCUGCUGAAGACGUCUUUCAUCUGUGACGAUCUUGGGUCCCUGAAGGCUCCACUGGACAUCCCCAUCCCUGACCCGGCUAAAGAGGAGGCCAAACGCAAGAAGAAGGAGGAGAGAGAGGUAAAGGAGGGGAAGAAAGACAAGGACAGCGAUAAAGAGGAGGAGGAUUCAGGACCUCCCUGUGGUCCCAUCUGCAUCAACAAGCGGGUGGAGAAUCUCCUGCAGGAGGUCAGGCCUCAGAUCCAAACUCUGAAGGAGAAGCUCAACACGGUGUCAAUGUGGGUCCAACUCCAGAUCCCUAAAAUUGAAGAUGGAAACAACUUUGGAGUGGCAGUGCAGGAGAAAGUGUUUGAACUUCUGACCAACACACGCACCAAGAUCGAGGGUUUCCAGACUCAGAUUUCAAAAUAUUAUAGUGAGAGAGGAGAUGCUGUGGCCAAAGCCUCCAAACAACCCCAUGUGGGAGACUACAGACAGCUGGUUCAUGAGCUGGACAAGUAUCAGUACUGCGAGCUCCGCCUUGUGGUCCUGGACCUCCGCAACACAUAUGCUGUGCUGUUUGACAUUAUAAACAAGAACUAUGACAAGAUCAAGAAGCCCAGAGGAGACGGGAAAGCUCUCAUCUACUGAAACAUCAGCACACUCACAGCUUUUAAACAAGAUACAACUAGUUUAGUGUGACACUCUCAUCAAGUAACAAACUCCUCCUCUGACAACAUGCCUUCUUUUUCUUAUUGUGCAUGCAUUUGGUUCAGAUUACAAAAUAAACCAAUAUGAUUCUGA